ACGUGUUUUCCAUAACUUUAGAUAUUUUUUCGCGUGGCAAAUGCGAGUGGAGGACAUAACGCGAACAGUUGUCACAAAGUGUUACGUAAAACUAAAAUGCAUGUUGGAAAAAAACUGGCCGAUUUAUCUAUAUCUUAUAAUGUAAGUACUUUUAAAUUCUGAGAGCAGAAUGGCUUAAUAAAGCUUAAGAGAGUUGUAAUAUAGCAGAAUGGCUGCUCAAUAAAGCUUAAGAGAGUUCAGAAGAUAAAUGGAUUGAGUUGUAGUGCAAAUCUCUAUGAUUUUUCUGGAGUCCGCUUCAAUUUGUUGCAGUUAUUGAGAUGAAAAAUGGAGAAAACUGGGCUCAGGAGAAUAUCAAAUGCCUUAGUUGAGAGGAGUUCAGAGGCAGAGGCAGAGCUUCAGCCUCGUGUUCACAAGACUAAAAACAAGGCAGGGUCUCGGCUAUGGAUGCGCUUUGACGCCGAUGGGAAUUCAGAAGUGCUGGAAUGUGAUAAGCAUAUGAUAAUGAAGCGUGUCUCAAUUCCUGCAAGGGAUUUGAGGAUCCUUGGUCCCGUCUUUUCGCAUUCAUCAAACAUUUUAGCUAGGGAGAAAGCCAUGGUGGUCAAUUUGGAAUUUAUAAAGGCUAUUGUUACUGCUGAAGAGAUCUUCUUGCUUGAUCCAUUGAACCAAGCUGUUCUUCAAUUUGUGGAUCAACUCAGGCAACAACUUCCCUGCAAAAUAUCAUCUAAGAUUCAGGGAAGUAAUUCUACAGACCAGAAGGAAAAGUCUGGCACUUGUGCUUCAACUUCACCUGGACCCUGGCUACCUGUCCCAGAAGCAGCAGAUGGGUUGCAGUGUGAACUUCCAUUUGAGUUCCGUGUAUUGGAAAUAGCUUUGGAGGUGGUUUGUACAUACAUGGAUACAAAUGUUGCAGAACUUGAGCGAGAGGCCUACCCUGUAUUGGAUGAACUGGUUAGAAAUGUCAGUACCAAGAACCUUGAGCGUGUGCGGAGCCUGAAAAGCAAUCUUACUCGUCUCCUUGCACGGGUGCAGAAGGUAAGGGAUGAACUUGAACACCUUCUAGACAAUGAUGAAGAUAUGGCUGAUUUGUAUUUAACUCGGAAAUAUCUACAGACUCAACAAUUAGAAGCUUCAGUAACAGCUAGAGGUCCGAGUAGUUUAGCUAUUACCCCCAAAUUGUCUCACUCAAAUUGUCGCUCAUUGAGCGCUUCUAGCUUUAUUGAUAGUGUUUCUGGGGAUGAAGACGAGGUAGAAGACCUUGAAAUGCUGUUGGAGGCCUAUUUCAUGCAAGUUGAUGGAACUCGAAACAAGAUUCUGUCGGUCCGUGAAUACAUUGAUGACACAGAAGAUUAUGUGAAUAUUCAGCUGGAUAACCAUCGUAAUGAACUUAUUCAGUUUCAGCUUACUCUCACAAUAGCUAGCUUUGUGAUAGUCGUUCCUACCUUUGUAGCAGGAAUAUUCGGGAUGAAUAUUCAUUGUCCGCUCUAUGAUAUUCAUGGGAUAUUUUACACUCUUUGGGGAUCUAUUCUGUCAGGAUGUGUUGCACUAUUCUUUAUAAUUGUAGGUUAUGCCCGCUGGAAAGAGCUACUUGGUACCUAGUAAAAUAUAAUUUACCUGGUAUCUCGGGUUUGAUUGUCCAUGGCAGUGCUUUCCUCUGGUACAAACAUAUGCAAUAGCUCUGCUGCAAUUUUUGAAGUCUCAUCAUCAAUACAUGAAAGGGACAUUUACUUAGAUCAUUAGAUGAAACAAUUAAGUGAUUAGUCAAUGGAUUUGGCAAGAAGCUGUUGUUUUCCCUAUAUUAUCCUUUUAAUAGGCUAUUGUUUUUUCUAUUA